UCUUUUGGGGUGCGGUCAUAGAUAUAUCUCUGGGUGCGUCACUGACAUGUAUAGGGUGCGGUCGUGGGUUAACCAUUGGUGUAAACACAUAGAAUUGAUAAUAUUGAAUUUGUUUGUUAUUUAGCUCCAGGGUGAAUGAUACCCUUUUUUUCAUGAAAAAAUUCUAAAUAAUAGCAUGUGUUAAGUAUAGAAAAGAGUGUGAAUGUUGAAAAUUCAAACUACAGGCACCAUGCAAAGCAGAUAUUUUGGCAACUGGUUGUCAAAAAACAAAACCACUUGAAAUAAAGAUAAAAAGAUUAUAUUAAAACAUCAAUAGUUACAAAUUGCUACAAAUUGAUUUGUUUUUGAGUCCAGAUGCUAUUAAAGAAGCGGAAGAAGGGAGUACACUUGUCGUAUUUUAGUUUCUACUUCGAAUUUUCCUGAAUUGCGAAACUAGAAGACCAUGACUGAACGUCAGUUGGAUUAUGCUUUGGAUUUAAUGAGACGUCUUCCUCCGCAGCAGAUUGAGAAGAAUCUUAGUGACCUUAUUGAUCUAGUGCCAGAAUUGUGUGAAGACUUGUUAUCUUCUGUGGAUCAACCGCUGAAGGUUGCCAGAGACAAAGCUACUGGAAAAGAUUACUUAUUAUGUGAUUAUAACAGAGAUGGGGAUUCUUAUAGAUCACCAUGGAGCAACACUUAUGACCCACCUUUAGACGACGGAGCAAUUCCAUCUGAAAAACUUAGAAAACUGGAGCAAGAUGCAAAUGCUGCCUUCGAUCAGUAUCGUGAAAUGUAUUUUGAAGGUGGUGUCUCAUCUGUUUAUUUAUGGGAUUUGGACCAUGGAUUUGCAGGGGUUAUUUUGAUUAAGAAAGCUGGUGAUGGAUCGAAAAAAAUCAAAGGUUGUUGGGAUUCCAUUCAUGUAAUUGAAGUACAGGAGAAGUCAGGUGGUCGAAUGGCUCAUUAUAAACUAACCUCAACAGUCAUGCUUUGGUUACAGACCAAUAAACAAGGCUCGGGCAUCAUGAAUUUAGGUGGUAGUUUGACACGUCAGGUUGAGACUGACAGCCCUAUGUCAGAAGCUGGAUCUCACAUAGUAAAUAUGGGUAAACUUAUCGAGGACAUGGAAAAUAAGAUGCGUAAUACUCUGAAUGAAAUUUACUUUGGGAAAACCAGGGAUAUAGUCAAUGCACUUAGAAGUGUUCAAAGUCUUGAAGAUACUGGAAAGAUGAAAAAUAUGCAAGCAGAACUAUUCCAACAUCUGAAGAAUAGACAAAAAUAGGUUGUUUCUUGAAUACAUAAUGAUUCUCUGCAUCCUACAACUGAUUAAACAAGCUCUUAGUAAAUUAAUACCAUUGUGUAUGAAAUGUAUAGCUGCACUCACUUCAUAGAAUAGCUCCAUAUUGAAUUUAUGUAUUCAUGACAGAAAAUAUGGCAAGAUUUCUUCUGCAGACAUUCAAUGUGAGUGACUAAAAAUAUAUUCAUGUGCUUAUAAGGCGCAAUAAUAUUUUUCAUUUGAAUUAAAACCAUUUUGUAUGUCAUUUUUAAACUUAAAGAACAAUUGCGUUGUUUUGAA